CCAAAUGAUACCUACAUGCAUGAGCCACCUCCACUGCAGUGCACCAGUUUGAAUUUUAGGGGGUUCCAGUUUGCCCAGACAAUGCUCUUUGCCAUUGAGGAGAUCAACAACAGCACAGACCUGCUGCCCGGCCUCACUCUGGGCUACAAAAUCUAUGAUUCUUGCGGGUCCAUUUCUAGAGGGGUGAGGGUUGCACUGGCUUUGGUCAAUGGGGACCGAGGAGGUCCUUUGGAGGAGCCCUGCACGAGACCAGCCCAAGUGCAGGCUAUUGUGGGAGAGACGUCUUCAUCUCCUUGCAUGGCUAUAGCCACUGCAAUCGGACCCUUCCACAUCCCACUGAUCAGCCACUUUGCCACCUGCGCUUGUCUCAGUGAUAAAGUCAAGUACCCAUCCUUCCUCAGAACAAUACCCAGUGAUUACUACCAAAGUAGAGCCCUGGCACAGUUAGUCAAGCACUUCGGGUGGACCUGGGUGGGAGCUAUCAGAACCAAUGAUGAUUAUGGCAAUAACGGAAUGGCCACAUUCACAGCGACUGCCCGACAACUUGGUAUCUGUCUGGAGUACUCUGUGUCUUUCUUUCGAACAGAUCCACCAGAUAAAAUACAAAACAUAGUAGAUGUUAUUAAGAGUUCUACUUUCAAAGUGAUUGUCGCUUUCCUCUCCCACAUGGACUUGGAUGUACUAAUACACCAGUUGUCUCAUCACAACCUGACCGGCUAUCAGUGGGUGGGCACUGAGGGUUGGAUCUUUGAUUCCCAAACUGCAGCUAUGGAUCGGCAUCACAUCCUGGAUGGAGCCAUCGGCCUGUCCAUCCCCAAAGCACAUGUCUGUGGCAUGAGGGAGUUUAUACUGGAUGUUAAACGCCUCAAUUUAUCCGGUGAUGACACGUUCAGGAAAUUCUGGGAGACAUUAUUCAACUGUGAACUCAAGCAAACAAACUCCUCCUCCAGGAGUCAGAGGGAGUGCAGUGGUUUUGAGGACCUGAGCGGAACUCAAAACAGCUUCACUGAUAUGUCCCUCAUGCCCAUAUUUAACAAUGUCUAUAAAGCAGUGUACACUGUGGCCCAUGCACUUCAUGGUAUUCUUAACUGUAACACAACAUGCAACACAAAGGUGCAGCUAGAGCCAUUCACAAUUUUACACCACAUGAAGAAGAUUCGGUUCAGAACAAAGGAAGGAGAUGAGGUUUACUUCAAUGAGAAUGGAGAUCCAACAGCCAAGUAUGAAAUUAUAAACUGGCAGCCCACAGAAAAGGGGGUUGUCACAUUUGUCACAGUUGGUCACUAUGACGCAUCUGCAGACAAACAGCUGACUUUGCAUACUAAGUCUCUGGUUUGGACGCAGAAAUCUCACCAGGUGCCCGUAUCAGUCUGCAGCGAGAAGUGUCGCCCGGGAACACGCAAAGUUCUGCAGAAAGGAAAACCCGCCUGCUGUUAUGACUGUGUGAUGUGUGCAGAGGGUGAAUUUAGCAACACGACAGAUGCUGUCACAUGUGUGCAAUGCCACCCUGAGUUCUGGUCAAAUGGGAAGAGAGAUGUCUGCUUGAGGAAGAAUGCAGAGUUCCUGUCCUACGAAGAGGUCAUGGGAGCUGUCCUCGCCGUGGCGUCUUUAUUGGGCUCGUGCAUGACUGCAGCUGUAGCUUUCGUUUUCUUUAAAUAUAGGAAAACGGCCAUUGUCAGGGCCAACAACUCGGAGCUGAGCUUCCUGCUGCUGUUCUCCUUGACCUUGUGCUUUCUGUGCUCCCUGACCUUCAUCGGCCAGCCCACACAGUGGUCCUGCAUGCUGCGGCACACAGCUUUCGGCAUCACCUUCGUGCUUUGCAUCUCUUGCAUACUGGGAAAGACUAUAGUGGUGCUGAUGGCCUUCAGGGCCACACUUCCUGACAGUAAUGUCAUGAAGUGGUUUGGGCCUCUUCAGCAGAGGCUCAGUGUGCUGGUGUUCACUCUCAUACAAGUGAUCAUAUGCAUCCUUUGGCUCACAAUUGCUCCUCCAUUUCCUUUUAAGAAUUUCAAGGAGUUUAAGGAUACAAUCAUCUUGGAGUGUGCUGUGGGUUCAGCCGUGGGAUUCUGGGCUGUGCUUGGCUACAUUGGUCUUUUGGCCAUGUUAUGCUUCAUUCUGGCCUUUCUGGCCCGGAAGCUGCCCGAUAAUUUUAAUGAAGCCAAACUGAUCACUUUCAGCAUUCUGAUAUUUUCUGCAGUGUGGAUUGCUUUCAUCCCUGCUUACGUCAGCUCCCCUGGCAAGUUCAGUGUCGCUGUGGAAAUCUUUGCAAUAUUGGCAUCUAGUUUUGGAUUGCUUGUUUGCAUAUUUAUUCCUAAAUGUUACAUUAUACUUAUGCAACCCGAGAAGAACACAAAGAAAAGCAUAAUGAGUAGAGGGACACUAAGAUCCUUAUAA